AUGUCAGAGGACUACAACCGCAAUAAUCCAUCCCCAGAUCUGGUGCAACAGAUGGUUUUGAUAGAUAUUAGAAACAUGUUGCAGUCUAUGGGGAAGGACAUAAGGUCAUUUCCUCUUCCAGAUAUUGAUCACUCAUAUGACGAUGCUAGCCAUAUUCCUCGUGAGAUAUUUGAGGAAGCUAGCGUCGAGCAAAAUCCCAAAGAUGUGCUAUUAUGCGACUCACUCAACGUCGAGCAAAGGUCUGCCUAUGAUGAGAUAAUGGCUGCUGUCUAUAGCAAACAAGGCGGACUGUUCUUUGUGGAUGGACCUGGUGGGACAGGGAAGACAUUUUUGUAUAGGGCACUUAUCGCAAAACUACGUAGCCAGGACAAGCUUGUUGUGGCUACAGCUACAUCUGGAGUCGCAGCUGCCUUAAUGCUAGGUGGGAGGACGGCCCACUCGCAUUUCAAGAUACCCCUCACUCUACAAGAGGGUGGUUGUUGUACCUUCACUAAACAGAGUGGUACUGCCAAGUUGCUACAACAAGCAGCUCUCAUAAUUUGGGAUGAGGCAUCUAUGACAAAGAGGCAAAAUGUGGAAGCACUAGACAAUAGCCUACGAGAUAUAAUGGGACGGUCACACAUACCUUUUGGUGGGAAGACUGUUGUCCUUGGUGGUGAUUUUAGACAGGUCCUCCCAGUUGUGCGAAAAGGAUCCAGGGCUCAAAUAGUCGGUGCUUCUCUACGAAGAUCGUAUCUUUGGGAAUCCAUACGCCACCUAAAGCUUGUCCGCAACAUGAGGGCUCAGAGUGAUCCGUGGUUUGCAGAUUAUCUAUUGCGCAUUGGUGGUGGAACGGAAGAGGUGAAUGGAGAUGGCAAUGUACAUAUUCCAGACGAGAUCUGUGUUCCGUACUCUGGCGAUGCAGAGAAAGAUCUUCAUACAUUGAUUGACAUCAUCUUCCUAGAUCUGAAUGCAAACAUGGCGGACAAAGACUACAUCACUACCAGAGCAAUUUUAUCUACACGUAACGAUUGGGUGGACAUGAUCAAUAUGAAAAUGAUUGAUAUGUUCCAGGGAGGUGAGACGGUGUAUCACAGUUUUGACUCCGCGGUAGAUGAUCCACAUAACUACUAUCCAUCAGAGUUCCUUAAUAGUCUGACCCCUAACGGGCUACCGCCACACGUCUUGAAGCUGAAGCUCGGGUGUCCUGUCAUAUUGCUUAGGAAUAUUGACCCUGCUAAUGGGCUAUGCAAUGGUACAAGGCUGGUGGUGCGAGGGUUCCGAAGAAAUACAAUUGAUGCAGAAAUUGUUGUGGGGCAGCAUGCUGGAAAGCGGGUAUUCCUUCCUCGAAUACCGCUCUGCCCGUCUGAUGACGAGAUGUUCCCGUUUCAGUUUAAGAGGAAGCAGUUUCCUAUUAGGUUGAGCUUUGCCAUGACAGUCAAUAAGUCACAAGGCCAAACUAUCCCAAACGUGGGUGUGUACCUACCCGCACCGGUGUUCUCUCAUGGACAGUUGUACGUUGCAAUGUCUAGAGCCACAUCAAGAACGAAUAUUAAGAUCCUUGCCCUUCCACCUGAUGGGGAUGCACAAGAGGAGAAGGCCAAAAAGAUGGAUAAGAAAAAUGCUAAAAGGAAUGCCGAGGGAAAAAAAACCUAA